GACGACAACGACACGUCAUCACCGAGCGACGAGCGUGUGUUGACAGCGAAGAAGGAGAAAUGGCUGCAAGGUUACUGCUGCGUUCAGCUUUUAGAGCCGGUACGGUCUGUCGGGCUGCCCGGCAGGCUCCUGCCGCGACCCGCUGCAUGUCGACCGGAGGGAUUCCCACCGAUGAGGAGCAGGCCACAGGACUGGAGAAGGUCAUCCUGAAGGCCAUGAGGGACGGAACGGAUCCCUACAGCAUGAUGAAGCCAAAGGGCUACGCUGGUUCUAAGACGGACCCUCACCUGGUUCCCUCCAUCACCAACAAGAGGAUCGUUGGCUGCGUCUGUGAAGAAGACAACACGGCCGUGGUUUGGUUCUGGCUUCAUGAGGGUGAAGCUCAGCGCUGCCCGUCCUGUGGAGCCCACUACCAGCUGGUUCCUCACGAGCUGCCCCACUAACUACCUCCCUAACCUCUGGAACAGGAAGCUGGCUGAUCUGCUGCUGUGCUUGUUCUUGCUCCUGUUCUGUCUCAGUACUUGAUCCACCUGCUAAAUCCUCAACAGUCUUUCUUUAUGUUACAUUCACAGACGGGUCAGAUGUGGUUUUGGGACACAACCGUUUCUCUCUAAACAUUUCCACUCACAGUCAGUUUACAUUCACUAACGUACUGUACGACGUUACACUCGGUCCACUUUGCUCCUCUUUCUGAACCAAUAAAACUUCCUCAACUCUU